UUCAAACAUGUCUGAACACGUUUACCCUUAAUCUGUUUGGUUGUGAAGCUCGUGUUUGAGCCUGUGUUUUUCUUUCAGAAUUACAAACAGGAGCUUACUAGUGUUAUCUAACCACCUAGCAUUCUCAUUAGUUGUCAAUACCAAAGGCCAGAACAGGCAUUGCAAGAUUCCUCGACUACUGGGUGACUGCAGCCGGCAGCCUGUCCCCAUCACCCUGCACCAGCCUUUGAAGUAAGGCCAGGAGUGUGAACUGCUCUCAGGCCAAACCGCUUUCUCCUUGCCAGGAAGCAAGUGAGACAAGGACACAGGAAAACAGCCAGAUAGUGCCAGUAAGGAAGACCUGCCAAAGGAUAUAAUUCAGUCCUAUAAAUCUUUAGAGGGAGUAUUCCACUUUACAGGACCUAAACAUGGGAAACCAGUUAACAGAAAUUGCCCCUACCACCCCGUUCCUCCCAAGCUUCCAAUCUUUACACGUCGUGGUGAUCGGUUUGGACUCAGCGGGGAAAACCUCCCUCCUCUACAGACUCAAGCUGCGGGAGUUCGUUGAGACGAUCCCCACCAAAGGCUUCAACAUGGAGCGGAUUAAAGUGCCCAUGGGGAACUCCAAAACCAACAGCACCGCGUUCCAGGUGUGGGACGUGGGCGGUCAGGAGAAACUGAGGCCCCUCUGGAAGUCGUACACAAGGCGGACGGACGGGCUAGUGUUCGUUGUGGACGCAGCCGAGGCAGAGCGCAUGCAGGAGGCCAAGUCGGAGCUCCACCGGAUCACCCGGUUGUCUGAGAACCAGAUGGUGCCGGUGCUGGUUCUGGCAAACAAACAGGACCUGGAUGGAGCCUUGUCAGCUUUAGAGGUGGAGAAGGGUCUGGGUCUCCACGAGCUAAGCUCGUCCACGCUGCACCACACACAGGGCUGCUCGGCGCUGAAUGGUCAGGGCCUGCAGCCCGGCCUGGAGAAACUCUACGAUAUGAUCCUGAAGAGGAAGAAGAUGCUGCGACACAGCAAGAAGAAGAGAUGAGGCGCAGUAUCGCAGCAGGGUCCCGGGUUAAUGGAGGUUUACCUUUUUGAACCAGCACUUGUCUGAGGACAUUUAUCAGCAGCCAACGCUGUAACACUUUUGGAACUUUACCAGGUGAAUCCAGAUGGCAGCCCGUCUGUACUUCUGACAAGUUGGAAUGACUUCAACCAAGUUCACACUUUGACACUCAACUCUGUCCCACGUGUUCCUUAACACGCUAGACAUUUGGGCAGACCUGCUUUCUUUGGGGCCAUGUCUGCCCUUGAGCAGUCUUCCCUCUCCUCGUGUUCCAUCCCCGAUCCUCAAAGGAGCAUGGCAGAAUUAUAGCUCGAGAGGGGGCACCAGAGGAAAACAUUUGCAAUAUAUGAUAAACACUCACUUCAAUAAUGAAGGAUAUUUUGUACCAAUACUUGUACAAACUGUAGUUCCAACAAAAACCCUGCAAAACUGGCCGGAGCAAAGUUCCUGUUCCUUUUCAAUGUUAGACUUUAUUCCAAAUCUUUAUGUUGCAUAAUGUUCACCCAAAUACCUGCUUAAGGAAUAUUAAAACAAACCCUUUUGUUGAUCAAAAGAAGAUUCUUAUGAUUAUUCUAGGUUAGAAACUGCCCAAUGGUCAGUUCGGCAUGUCAGUUAGGCAUAUCGUUUAGGACUGCGGUUAACCACCAGCGUUACAUUUACAGAACGACACACUGCGUCUGCAGAAUCCAGCCGUGCAAGUUAGAUAGUUCUUCACUCCUCACCAAAGUUAUUGUCACUGUUGGUCGUAUUUCCGGGUUGGCUGAAUGGUUGGUAAUUUCAAACGAGUAAUUGUUUUUUAUAUGGUGUGUAUUUUUAUUUUGUAAAAUGUCAACAUGAAUAAAUUAUUGAGCAAA